CUGCUGUGGAUUGGAUUAUUCCAUUUGGAAUAAGAAUGCUGUUAAGAGCACACAAACCAGGUUCCUCAAGGAGAAGUGAAAUGACAACCUCACUAGAUGCGGUUGAGACCUUUGGUACCACAUUCUACUAUGAUGACAUGGGCCUACUCUGUGAAAAAGCCGACACCAGAGCGCUGAUGGCCCAGUUCGUGCCCCCGCUGUACUCCCUGGUGUUCAUUGUGGGUCUCUUGGGCAAUGUGGUGGUGGUGAUGAUCCUCAUAAAAUACAGGAGGCUCCGAAUUAUGACCAACAUCUACCUGCUCAACCUGGCUAUUUCGGACCUGCUCUUCCUCUUCACCCUUCCGUUCUGGAUCCACUAUAUCAGGGGGCAUAACUGGGUUUUCGGCCAUGGCUUGUGUAAGCUCCUCUCAGGGUUUUAUUACACGGGCUUGUACAGUGAGAUCUUUUUCAUAAUCCUGCUGACGAUCGACAGGUACCUGGCCAUUGUCCAUGCUGUGUUUGCACUUCGAGCCCGAACUGUCACUUUUGGUGUCAUCACCAGCAUCGUCACCUGGGGCCUGGCAGUGCUAGCAGCUCUUCCUGAAUUUAUCUUCAAUGAGAUUGAAGAGUUGGUUGAAGAGACUUUUUGCAGUGCUGUUUACCCAGAGGAUACAGUAUAUAGCUGGAGGCAUUUCCACACUCUGAGAAUGACCACCUUCUGUCUCGUUCUCCCUCUGAUCGUUAUGGCCAUCUGCUACACAGGAAUCAUCAAAACGCUGCUGAAGUGCCCCAGUAAAAAAAAGUACAAGGCCAUCCAUCUCAUUUUUGUCAUCAUGGCAGUGUUUUUCAUUUUCUGGACACCCUACAAUGUGGCUAUCCUUCUCUCUUCCUAUCGAUCCAUCUUUUUUGGAAAUGACUGUGAGCGGAGCAAGCAUCUGGACCUGGUCAUGUCGGUGACAGAGGUGAUCGCCUACUCCCACUGCUGCGUGAACCCGGUGAUCUACGCCUUUGUUGGAGAGAGGUUCCGGAAGUACCUGCGCCACUUCUUCCACAGGCACAUGCUCAUGCACCUGGGCAGAUACUUCCCAUUCCUUCCUAGUGAGAAGCUGGAAAGAACCAGCUCUGUCUCUCCAUCCACAGCAGAGCCGGAACUCUCUAUUGUGUUCUAGGUCAGAUGCAGAAAAUUGCCUAAAGAGGAAGGACCAAGCAGAUGAAGCAAACACAUUAAGCCUUCCACACUCACCUCUCGAACAGUCCUUCAAACUUCCAGUGCAACACUGAAGCUCUUGAAGUCACUGAAAUAUACACACAGCAGUAGCAGUAGAUGCAUGUACCCUAAGGUCAUUACCACAGGCCAGGGGCUGGGCGGUGUACUCAUCAUCAAC